GCUUAGCAAUAGUUGUGCGCCGGUCUGUGCUGACACAACGUGAGUGCUGCUUUGGCAGUGGGUGAAAUUUGUCGGGUUUAAGUGAUUAAAAGGUACGAGCCUAAAUCUUCCUCCCCGCUAAGCUCUCACCAUGAAGACGUGUAUGACAGCCUCUGAAAUCCGGCAGAAGUUUAUUGACUUCUUUAAAGAAAAUGCCCACACAUAUGUCCAUUCUUCUGCCACAGUCCCCCUGGAUGACCCAACACUGCUCUUCGCCAAUGCUGGAAUGAACCAGUUUAAGCCAAUCUUCCUGAAUACCAUUGAUCCUUCUCAUCCAAUGGCAAAGCUAAACCGAGCAGCUAAUACACAGAAGUGCAUCCGUGCUGGAGGCAAGCACAAUGAUCUCGAUGAUGUGGGCAAAGAUGUCUAUCACCACACAUUUUUUGAGAUGCUUGGAUCAUGGUCCUUUGGGGAUUAUUUCAAGGAGCUCGCCUGUAAACUGGCACUGGACCUGCUAACCAAGGAGUUUGGCAUUGACAUAGAGCGCUUGUAUGUCACUUAUUUUGGCGGUAAUGAGGCUGCUGGUCUAGAGCCUGACUUGGAAUGUAAACAAAUAUGGCUGAACUUGGGCCUGCCAGAGAGUCGUAUCCUUCCAGGAAGCAUGAAGGACAACUUUUGGGAAAUGGGUGAUACGGGUCCUUGUGGUCCCUGUAGUGAGAUUCAUUUUGACCGAAUUGGGGGCCGUGAUGCUGCCCAUCUUGUGAAUAUGGAUGAUCCAAAUGUCCUUGAGAUCUGGAACCUGGUGUUCAUCCAGUUUAAUAGGGAAACUGAUGGAACCUUAAAGCCACUGCCUAAGAAGAGCAUUGAUACUGGAAUGGGACUGGAAAGACUUGUGUCUGUGUUGCAAAAUAAGAUGUCCAACUAUGAUACAGAUCUGUUUGUUCCAUACUUUGAAGCUAUCGAAAAGGGCACAGGUGCAAGACCCUACACUGGGAAAGUGGGAGCUGAGGAUGUUGAUGGCAUAGACAUGGCAUACAGAGUGUUGGCUGAUCAUGCUAGAACAAUUACUGUGGCACUUGCUGAUGGAGGAAGACCAGAUAACACUGGACGUGGAUAUGUUUUACGCCGCAUCCUUCGCCGUGCUGUGAGAUACGCCCAUGAGAAACUUAAUGCAUCUAAAGGAUUUUUUGCCACUCUGGUUGAUGUGGUUGUCCAGUCACUGGGAAAUGCUUUUCCAGAGCUUAAAAAAGAUCCUGAUAUGGUCAAAGACAUCAUUAAUGAAGAGGAAACACAGUUCCUGAAAACACUUAACAGGGGUCGUCGCAUCUUGGACCGAAAGAUAAACAGUCUGGGAGAACACAAAGUUAUCCCUGGUGACACUGCCUGGCUGCUGUACGACACCUACGGCUUCCCAGUGGAUUUGACUAGUUUGAUUGCUGAGGAACGAGGACUGACAUUGGACUUGGAGAGCUUUGAAGAGGAGCGUAAAGCUGCUCAGCUUAAAUCUCAAGGAAAGGGUACAGGUGACGAAGACCUUCUCAUGCUGGACAUCUAUGCAAUUGAAGAACUGCGUUCCCAGGGACUUGAACCCACUGAUGAUCUGCCAAAAUACAAAUAUACAUCUAAUGCUGAUGGUGUUUACGAAUUUGAGAGUUUGAUAGCAACAGUGAAAGCAAUCCGCAGAGAUAAGAUGUUUGUGGAAGAGGCGAGCACUGGACAGGAGUGUGGGCUGGUGCUUGACAAGACCUGUUUUUAUGCAGAACAGGGAGGGCAGACCUAUGAUGAGGGCUACAUGGUUAAAGAGGAGGAGAGCAGUGAAGAUAAAACAGAGUUUACAGUGAGAAACACUCAGGUUCGGGGAGGUUACGUGCUGCACAUGGGUACAUUGUACGGGCACUUGAAAGUUGGAGAUCAAGUGCGUCUAUACGUUGAUGAGCCCAAGCGUCGUCCUAUUAUGAGUAACCACACAGCCACUCACAUCCUGAACUUUGCCUUGCGCUCUGUUCUUGGAGAAGCAGAUCAACGGGGUUCAUUGGUUGCCCCAGACAGGCUAAGAUUUGACUUCACAGCUAAAGGUGCAAUGUCCACCCAGGAGAUCCGCAAAACCGAAGAGAUUGCAAAUGACAUUAUCAAGGAAAAUAAGGUUGUGUAUGCACUAGAUUGCUCUCUCGCAGAAGCAAAAGCUAUCCAGGGUCUUCGUGCAGUAUUUGAUGAAACAUACCCAGAUCCUGUGCGUGUUGUGUCUAUAGGAAUUCCUGUGGAAGAUCUGCUGGCUGACCCAUCUAGUCCUGCUGGGUCUAUAACUUCUGUGGAGUUCUGUGGAGGAACGCAUCUCCAAAAUUCUGGCCAUGCUGGUCCUUUCAUUAUUGUUACAGAGGAAGCCAUUGCCAAAGGAAUUCGCAGAAUUGUUGCUGUCACAGGUGCAGAGGCACAAAAGGCCUUAAGGAGACAGGAUGCCCUGAAAGUUAAUCUUUCUGAUCUGGAGAAGAAAGUGAAGAAACAGAAUUCUCCUAACAAGGAUGUACAAAAGGAAAUAGCUGACCUUAGUGAGAAUCUCGCAACAGCAUCCAUUGCACAGUGGCAGAAGGAUGUACUAAGGGAGCAGCUGAAAACCUUGAAGAAAACUAUGGAUGACCUGGAUCGUGCCAGCAAAGCAGAUGUUCAGAAACGGGUAUUGGAAAUAACCAAACAACUCAUAGAGGAACAUCCUAAUCAGCCACUACUUGUACUUGAGAUGGAGAAUGGAGCAUCUGCAAAGGCUUUGAACGAGUCCCUGAAACUUCUCAAGUCUCAGUCUCCCCAUACUGCUGCAAUGAUCUUCUCUGUAGAUAACGAUGCAGGAAAGAUCACGUGUUUAUGCCAGGUGCCCCAGGACACUGCAGACAAAGGUCUGAAGGCCAAUGAGUGGGUGCAGCAAGUAUCUGAUUUGAUGGAUGGCAGGGGAGGAGGAAAAGACACCUCUGCCCAAGCAACUGGAAAGAAUGUGGGGUGCCUGUCCCAAGUCCUAAAGCUAGCUGAAGAUUUUGCCAAAAUGAAACUGGAGUCCAUGAAAAACUGAACACUGUCAUUUUUACACAAACCCUUCAUCUUAACACCCUUGGGGCCAGCAGUGCCCUACAUGGAAAAAAAAAAGUCUUUUCCCGUCCAUUAGUUUCAUAGCUAUUAAUUUCAUGGCUAGACCAAUUGCUAAUAGGGCUGUGAAAGGGUUACCUCCUUACUGUCCUUACAAAGACCACUUUCAGGAGAGAGAUUAUAUGUGAUGUGCUUUACGCCUCCUUAUUCUGGGUUAGCUAAGAUUAUUCACAUUGUGAAUGGCAGUUGAAUUAAUGCCCUUUAAAAGUGAAGGUUUUGCGUGAAGCAAGUAAACUGGAUCUGUUGGAUAUUUAAGUGGGUUUAAUGCAUUUCAUGCUAUUUCAUAUGCUGCCACAUUUUAACAUAGGUGUGUAGGCUGAUGGCAUCGGUCUGUGACUGGGUAGGAGUUACAGGGUAGCCUGGGAUAUAGCUGCUAACUCCCUGCACUGCUACAUUAGGGAUUGCUAGCAAAUGCUAGGGUUAAUGUUUUAGGUGCCCAGUCUCUCUUUUAUCCUAUGUAACCUGUAAUAACAAUUUUGGCAAUUUGCCCUAACCCUUGUUUAAAAGUCUAGGCUAACUUAAGCAUCCAUACAAAACUCACAGUGUCACCCCUAAUUGUAUAUUGUUGUAGGCCAUUCAUUGUUACAAUAACUAAUUGUUCUACAUUUAAGAAUAAAACUGCUACUGAUUCACUUGG